AUGCCGCUGAAGAGAGCCAGGACCGCGGCGAGCGGAGCCACCAAGGAGCAGCUGGGCCGGGACAUGCGGCAGAGCAGGCUGGCUCUGUUCAUCCAGCAGGUGGAGAAAGAAGCUCAGGAGCGCAUGAACGAGCUGGAGGCCAAAAUGGAGAAUAUGUUCGCGACGGUGAACAAAGUGUUCAAAGUGGAGCUGAUGAAGAUGCCUCCGUCUCUGCAGAACACGCUCAUAGGAGAGUUAAUCAGCGAAGAAGAAAUCUCAGCCAGUGAUGUUUCCAUCGCCAUGAAGAGUGAAUCUCGCGAGAUACCGCAGCCACUCAGGAGGAUACGCAGCAAAAGAUUAAAAUCCGCUGAUUCUCCGCCCAUCCAGUGCACCCCAGUCCAGAGAUGCUCCUCCAAAACUUCCAAGGGAGGAAAAGCGACAAAGAGGACCAGAACACUAGUUGGCAGCAACAGCACCGGAAACCUCAUGGGAUCUUCAGUCUCCACCAGCAGAACUCAAACCCGGCUGACGAGCCGCAAAACCACCGAGCAGACCAAAACUAAACUCAGGUCUGUCGUCUCUACCGGUGACCUGCACUGUUCGAUGGCAGGAGCUGCUGCACACAUCACUGUAACCACGGCACAGGGCCAGGCGGUCAGCUUUUCUGAAGAGACCAAGAAUGAAAUCAACUGGGAGCUGCUGGACGACGUGGCCUGGUGCCAGAUUCAGAAGCUCAUGGGUCUGAUGGAUUAUCUGUCUCAGCAGAGCCGCUGUCAGAGAUGAGCAAAGAUUCCCAAACAUCCUCAGAAAGUUUCUGGAUUUCAUUUCAUAUUUGUUUUAUGUUGUUUAAUUUAUAGAAGCUUUUAUUUUUCUGAAGUAUUUUUUUAUAAGUUGGGUUUAACACUUAAAAUGCCACAUAAACGCAGUGUUAAGGGUUUCCGUUGUGUCUUGAGUUGUUUUAAAAAUAUAAUAAAGCUUGUUUGUGCUAUAA